AUGUUGGCUCGUCGAGUUCUUGGAUUGAACUUCUCCAGGCGCUCCUUCUCUUUAUUUACACGCAGAUUACAAGAUAACAAAUUUCUCCUGCCCAAAGAGUUUGAGGAGAAGGAAGCCCUCAAACGUGCUCAAGACGAACUGUUCAAACAGUCUCUAUUGAAUAAGGACUUCGAUGUAAAGCCAAAGAUCAAGCCCCCUGCUAGCUCUCCUCCACUUAAUGUUGAGCUCUUACAGUACAAGCCCUUGAGACUUCCGCCUACUCACGGUCACCAGGUGGCUAAACUCAAAUUCAGGGGUUACAAUGAAGACCACUUGACUAGAGCAUCUGAAUUUGCUGCAAGAGCAGCGUUCUACUUGGGUAUCCCGUGCUCACGCCCCAAAAAGAUGAAGACAGAACGCAGAUUGUAUACUGUCAUCAAAUCGCCGUUCGCUCAAGCGAAGACCAAGGAGAACUUUUUAAGAAUCACAUACAAUCAGGAGUUGAAGGCCUACGACGCCAACCCAGAAGUCAUAGAUUUAUGGCUUUCAUAUAUUAACAAGAACUCCGUGGAGGAUGUCAAGUGCCUGGCGGAGAUUACUACUCGUGAAUCACUUGAUUUUGCGACUACCUUAGACGAAAUGACUGCUUCCGACAUGAAAUUCCCAGAAGCAUACGAGGAUACUUCUGACCCAAUUGCAGCCAAAGUUAGGGAUUUGUUGCAAUCGAAGCAGUUCAAACAACACUUUUAA